UCUUUUGUCUUGAUAGGUGAUUGUCUAUAGACUAUCAAAUCAUUUCGAAGUCUGAAAAUGGCUGCUGUGAAAAUUGGUCGCAGUGCUCUAAGUGGAUUACUUCGAAAAUCCACCACCUUUAAGACGCCGGUAGCAUGCCGGCUUUCAACAGUUGCCCUGCGGCAAAAGUUCAACACAAUUAAUGUUGCCUUUAAGACUUACAGCACUCCGAACCUCCAAAAUGGGGUACAGUCUCAGCGAACACAACCGUUCACUUGUGGUGCUCAGUCGAAGCCCUCGGCACAGGAAAUAGAAGAGCGAGUGAUGAAAGUUUGCAAGUGUUACGACAAACUCAGUUGUGUGAAGCUGAGUGUGGAGAGCCACUUCAUGAAUGACCUCGGUCUGGACUCCCUGGACCAUGUGGAGGUUAUAAUGGCAAUGGAGGAUGAGUUUGGUUUUGAAAUCCCCGAUGGUGAUGCAGAGAGGCUGGUUAGACCCAAAGAUAUUAUCCAAUAUAUUGCUGACAAAGAGGAUGUAUAUGAAUAAAUUGCAGAAAAAAGUAGUUUGUCUAUGAAAUUUAAGGCCAGUUGUGAUUAUUGCCUACUGAUAAUAUGGUUUGAGUUGAGAUAAAUUGUUGUGGUUCUGGAAAACAACUGGCCUGAGAUAUCAAGGCAUUGAACUUAGGAUUUAGUUGAAUUAUUUUACUUGUUAUUCACAUAAGAAUGAACAAUGUAAACACUGCUGAUCGAACAUCCAUCUGAAGAUGUAUAAAGUGUAAAUUCUGUUUUUAUUGAUUAUACGCCUGUUAGAGUAGAUCAUUUGUUUUUCAUUUGGUCUGAUCAAUACCUGAACAAAAUAAAAUUAACUCAGUUAGUCAUGGCACCACUUGUUUCAACAGUUACCUUACAUGAAAAGCAAUUGAUGUCACCGUUUGCCAUUUUUGCUAUUAUUUAUAGUUUGAGAAAGUAUAUAUCCAUAUUGUGAUAUCUAUUAAUCAUGGAAAAUAAAUUAUAAAGAAAGAA